UUUUUGUUUCAUUCUGAAACAAAAACCAUUUCACACACCUAAAAGUAGGUGUGUGUUUGCAAGUCUUUGUAUAUAAAAAGAAACGAGCCUAAAAGAUCGCAGAACUCGCUCUCAUCAUCUCUGAAGAGGACCAGGAGGUAAGUUUUUGAGCAAUGAUUAAUUUGUUUUCAUCAACAUGAUGUAGAACUGCUUUUCGAUGCGUCUCUGCCAGCACACCUGAAUCAGUGAUUGGGCCCUAAGCAGGAAUCUGUAGAACCCGACUACAAACCGAUGAAGUAAUUCAGCCAGUUGUUUCAGGUGUUGGACCAGGGACACAUCUGACAGCUGCAGGACAUCAGUCCUGGUUCAGAGGAUCUGGGCCAAAGUUUGUGUAGCUAAUAAUUUCUUUAAAACCAAAUCCCACACAGUGACUACUUUUCUUUUAUUUUAGUGAAUUGAUCCAGUUUAGCAAAACUCAACAUCCUGCAGAACCUGAUCUACAGACAGCAGAGAACGUUCAACAAAGGAAUCUGUCAAACUAUUGGAAAUCAAACGUUUUGAGAUCAUCUGGAUCUGCAAAUUGUUGCCAACACCAGACCAAGGCAGAUUGACACCGAAGAAGAACCAACACUGACAAUCAGGAUGUGCCUGUUAUUGACCACACCUCUCUUCAUUGCUGUGGUUGUAAUACUUCUGUUACUCUGGCAGAACAUCAUCACUGUGACAGACUUAAUCAAAGCAGGAAAGCAAGUUUCAGAUGUAGUAAUCCCAGCUUUGGAUGAUCCAAAGAUAUCAGGAGCAUUAACACUAACCGUCACUGCAGUGUUCAUUUUGACAAACUCACUGGAAACAACUCUGUUGGUUCUGGUUGAUAUCGCCCUGUGGUUGCAUUGGCUCAAUAUCCUCCCACUGAGAGAGUUAAUUAGGUUAGCUACAGAGUUUUAUCAGUCAGUCGUACCGGGAACAAAUCAGACCUGCACUGAUUCAAAGCCUGAAGCUAAACGAUUGGCUGAUGUUGUUAAAGAAAAAAGCACUUUACUGACUUCACAAACCGGACAUGCCGAGAUUUACAAACUUCAUCUAGAAGGGAAACAGAUCAACAUUAAUGGCUGCAAGAGUUUCACUUUUGGAGAGAAAUCUAUGAAUUGUAACAGAAACAUCAUGGUUCUUGGAGCUGCAGGUGCUGGAAAGUCCACUGCCAUCAAUGCGAUGAUAAACUACGUUCUAGGCGUUAGAUGGGAAGACUCGUUUCGGUUUAAGUUAGUGGAUGAAGGUCAGUCAGACUCACAGGUUCACAGUCAGACAUCAGAAAUCACAGUGUACAAACUCUACCACCAGGAGGGAUUCAGGGUGAACUACUCCCUCACCAUCAUAGACACUCCAGGCUUUGGGGGAAUCGGCGGCGUAGACAGAGACAAGGAGAUCACAGAGCAGCUGCGAAACCUCUUUGCUAACCAGGAAGGUGUUGGUGAAGUUGAUGCUGUGUGUUUUGUAGUUCAGGCAGGUCUAACUGAACUGACAUCAACACAAAGAUAUGUGUUUGAUUCAGCGCUGUCAAUCUUUGGCAAAGAUGUGGCAGAAAACAUCAGGAUCCUGGUGACGUUUGCAGACGAGCAGCAGCAACCAGUUGUAGAGGCCAUCAAAGUGUCCGGUGUCCCAUGUCCUAAAGGUGCAGACGGGCUGCCAGUUCACUUCAAAUUCAAUAACUCAGUGCUGUUUGCUAAAAACAAAUCCUUAGUGGCAAGGGUUUGGUCCAAUGAAGAGAAAACCUUUGAGUAUUGGAACAUGGGGACAAAGAACAUGGCCGGAUUUUUUGCUAGUCUAGCUAACAUCAAAACCAUAAGAUUGACAAUGACCAAUGAGGUUCUGAAAGAAAGAAAGCACCUGGAAAGUACAGUGGAGGAGCUGCAGAAGCAGGUUAAACUUGGCUUAGCCAAGCUGGAGGAUAUCAGGGAGACAAACGACAAACUCAAAGAGCAUGAAGCAGAAAUCAGAAAGAAUGAGAACUUUGAGUUUGAUGUUACUGUAAAAAAGAAUGAGCAAGUUGAUAUUUCUCACACUGGGAAGUUUAUCACCAACUGCAUGCAGUGUCAUGUUACCUGUCACUUCCCUUGUAACAUAGAAAAAGAUGCGGAUAAAAAAGGAUGUGAUGCAAUGGACAACGAUGGAUACUGUAAAAGGUGUCCAGGGAAAUGUUUCUGGAAUGUGCAUUUUAACCAGAGCUUCAGAUGGGAAUAUCAGGAAAUUUCUGAGAAGAGAACAUUGAAAGAACUGAAAGAAAAAUACGAGAAAGCCUUUGGACAGAAGGUAACCUUAGAGGAGCUGAUGAAAAAUCUGAUGUCAGAGUAUCGAUCUAUGCAGGAUGAUGUGGUGAAACUGAUUGCAGAAGCUGCAAAGUGUCUGAACAGACUGAAAGAGAUAGUCCUGAACCCAAACCCCCUUACUACUCCAGAAUACAUCAACAUGCUCAUUAAAGGAGAGGAACAGGAGGCCAAGCCAGGCUGGGAGGAGAGAGUUCAGUCUCUGAUGAAAAUGAAGGAGAAGGCAGAGAUCAUAGCUAAAGUAGAGAAGGGAGAGGAAAUCCUGGUGAAUCAAUAAUCUGCUGAUGCCGUCACAACAAAUCUAAACUCAGAACUGUGCCAAGGUGAGACUAAAAUAGGUUUACUUCCACAAGUGGAAUAUGAUGUGUGUGUGUGUGUGUGUGUGUGUGUAUAUUUAUAUAAGCUUUAUCAGACUUUGGGUUUAUUUCAAGUGAAACGGACAUGUGAGCAGAGAAAACAUGGGAGUGGGAGCUUAAAGAGAGACAAGGUAAAAAUUUAGAGGGAAAGAAACGGGUGACAUUAGAGGACAUGAUUGUUUUAAUCAACAAUGAUAAAGAAAAUAUACAAGUUUACCAAAACCUGUAAGUUACAGCUAAAGUUUGAUUGACCUAUCAUUCACCAACUUUUUUCUUAGUGUUUUUCAAAAUUAUGCAAUUUUAUCUUAAUGAUGUCAUAAGAUCAUGAAUAAAAAUGUAAAGAACCACCUGGAAUUUUCUCCAUGUUAUUUUGAAUCCAAUUGAUUCAAUUGUUAUCAUGACUUUGGUUUUAAUAGGAAAUUAUUUCAGUCACCCAAACUGUAGCAGCUAUAUUAGUUAUAUAUAUAUAUAUAUAUAUAUGUAAAUAUAUAUAUUAUAGCCACCUAUAAGGUUCUGUUCAUCGGGAGGAUAUAUACAGUAAAUCCUAUUUUAAUGAAAAAUUUACCGUACCUUAAAGUUUUCUAUUUAAUUUAUCUUUUUUUUUUUUUUUUGCGUUUUUUUGUUGUGGUUAAUUUUAUUGAAUUUCUAAUUAAUUAGAGGGAAAAUUGUAUCUUCUUUGUGAAUCAUCUAAUUCUUAUGAGCAGUUUAAUAUAUGAAACUUUUUACUAUAAUGUUUUUAGUUUAUCUUCGGGGUUUCAAUGUGUCUUUGUGUCACAUAUAUUUGAUUUUGUGUCGUUCCAUUUUUAAUUUUAUCUGGUUGCACUGCUGCUUACUGUUGAGAAUAUAUAACUGUGUUUUCCUCUUCUUUUGCUAUUUGCAUGCUCUUAUAUACAUACAUGCACUCAAAUGUUGGGGAACGUCUUCAAAGCUAAGGCUAAAGGAAAUGACACACUAGCGAACGCCCUCUUUAUGGCGUAGCUUAGAUAGAAGCUAACAAAGGGAAUUUAAAACCGUUUGAUGCCAUUUUGUUCUGUCGGCCCGUAAGGACAACAUGAACAAAUUUAUAAGCUUCAUUUCAGUCUUAAUAAAUGGAAUUUAUGAAUUCAACUCCACUGACUUUUCUUCCACUUCAUACAUUAAGAGCCUAAUGGAGAAAGGAUAAUUCUCCACAUUAUAUAACCAUCUCAUGCAUGUAACACUGAUGGAUAAACUGAUAACGGCAGGCCAACAUCCCCUAGCGAGUUUGUAGAGUGAGGCAAAGACAAAAUCAUCCAUUAUUUGCUUCUCUUUGUUUCACCCUUAAGAUGUGCUGAGUGAAGCCCAGCAGUGCAGUCAGUGAAUGGCACUGCUCCAUGUUAAUAUUCAUCCAAAAUACGUUAAAGAUCUGCUGCUGUUGUUUCAACCUUCCAGACCUCAGAGGUCUGAAUAUAGAGAAUCAGCUUCUCUGCACCUCAAACCUGGAACAAACUCUCAGAAAACUUAAAAACAGCUAAAACUCUGAGUCCUUUAGAUCAAGGCUUAAACCCAGCAGAGUUUAUUAUGAACCAUAAUAAAUGGAACAUUGACCAACUUAUUGGGUGGUUUUAAUGAUGUCACUUGACAAACUAUGUCUGUUACUGGUUGUCACAGUUGUUGACUGUAUGAUGUGUUCAUGAUGUUUUUGUGUUUUCAUGAUGUAAAUAACUCUGAGCUCCACUGUUGCAGAUAUAUAAUAUACAAAAACAAAUAAACUUGAUUGAUUUGAA